AUGAGGAUAGCCAUCCUCCUGAGCCUUCUAUUCCAUGCUGCAGCUGCUUCUCACCAACCACAUUACCUGCUGGUGAUUCCUGAAGCUCUCUGGUACCCGUCCACCCAGGUUGCCUGCCUCCAUAUCACCUGUCAUGAUGCAAAAAUUCAAGUGAAUCUGGCCUUGGAGCGCUCUGCAGGACGGGAGGUCUUAAUGCAAGAAACCAUCCAGAAGAAGAAGACUUUCCUGUGCACUAAGUUCUGGGUUGCCCCUCCAGCUAAUGGCACAGAGGAGGUUGCCACUGUAAAACUGACCAUCACAGGAGAAGGGGUCAAUGUUGAGGAACAGAAAAAGGUCCUGAUCUGCAAGGCCAGGAAUGGCACCAUCAUCCAAACUGACAAGCCCAUCUAUGAACCAGGACAGACAGUGAAAUUUCGCAUUGUGACUCUGGAUGAGGAAUUCCGUGCACUCAACGAUUCGAUUUCCCUGUUUCUCCUGGACCCUAAGAACAACCAGAUAGAGCAGUGGCAGAACGUGGUCCCUCAGGAUGGCAUUGCAGACCUGUCUUUCCAGCUGAGUGACGAGCCCCUGCUGGGAACGUACGUCAUCAACGUCACCAGCUCCAGAGCCUACGGCAGCUUCUCCGUCAAAGAGCAUGUGCUGCCAAAAUUUGAAGUGAUCUUUGAGGCACCAAGUCAGAUUUAUGCACUAGAUACAACCUUCCUGCUCCGGGUAUGUGGCAGAUCCACUCGUGGGAAAAGCAUCCAGGGGAAGGUUCAUGUGAGCCUUUGUCAGAAGAUAGCCCCGUUCCUGCCCAGUGCUUCCAAACCUGAUCUCUGUCACAAAUUCAGCAACCAGACAGAUGAGUCAGGUUGCUUCUUCACAAAUGUGAGCCUGUCCUCUUUCAGCCAAGACUUUCGGUACUAUCGGGACAGCAUAGUUGCAGAGGCCUCGCUGGUGGAGGAUGCCACAGAGAUACAGGUCAAUGCUUCCCACAAAUUACUUAUCUCCAGGAUUGGCGGGUUGGCUUUGUUUAAUGAUGUGAAUUCUUACUACCACCCUGGACAGAUGUUCAGAGGAAAGAUUAAAGUAAUUGAUCACCAAGGCAAGGCACUGAAGAACAAAGAAGUCCUUCUUGUAGUAAACUGUGCUGAGCAGCAAUUUAGGCAGAAGUUCAUCACUGGAGACUCUGGAACAGUUUCAUUUACCCUGGACACCUCUGCCUGGAACAGCACCUUGGUCUCCCUGGAGGCAAGUGUCCUGCAUCAAGAUUUGGACAGAGAGCCUGGGACAGUUGACUUGAGUUACCAGCGAGCCUCUUAUUUCAUACAUCCAUUCUACAGCACCAGCAGGAGCUUCCUCUCUAUCGUCCGUGUGCCAGAGACAAUACCCUGUGGUAAAAUGCAGUCUGUCCAGGUGGACUUCAGAAUUUAUGAGGAAGACCUGGAACAUGGGCCCAAGCGCGUCAUUUUCUCCUACUUUGUCACAGGGAAAAGAGGGAUAGUCCAUGCAGGUCAGCAGACUGUUUGGAUUGGGCUGCCAAGAAUGCUGGAAAGCUCCUUCUCCAUCCCUCUUACAUUCAGCUCGACCUAUGCCCCAGCUCCAAGACUUGUUGUUUAUGUCAUCUUCCCUAAUGGAAAAAUCAUUGCCGAUUCUGCCAUCUUCAGUGUCUCCACGUGUUUCAGAAACAAGGUAGAGCUGGGCUUCUCAACGCCAGAGACUCUCCCUGGCUCACAGGUUGGCCUCCACCUGCAGGCCGCUCCUGGCUCCACCUGUGCUGUCUGGGCUGUGGAUCCAAGCUCCUUUUGGAUGAAGCCAGGAAAAGAACUGAGCAGCCACUCGAUCUAUGGGCUGUUCCCAUCUUAUAACUCCAAGUAUAUUCACCAAGUGUCUGAAGAUGAUCGUUCAUGCGGGUUCCCAAAUUCUGAUGGGCCUGAUGUGUUUACGGCAUUCAGGGAAAUGGGGUUGAAAAUUAUGUCCAACACCAAUAUCAAGAAACCCAGAGUAUGUCCAACCACUCCACUGACAAGUACACUGCGGGGAACAGGAAAGAUUAUUUCCAGGCCCAUGUUGAUGUUUGCCCAGCCCCAUAAAGUGUAUAACAAGCAUCUGAUAGCAACCUAUCAGCCCACUAUGUUUCCACCUUCUUCUGCUGAAGAGAAAGUACACAAGCAUUUUCACCAAACCUGGCUGUGGGAUUUGUAUUCUGUGGGCCCCAGUGGGAACAAGAGUAUCACUGUCACUGUGCCUGAAGCCAUCACAGAAUGGAAAGCAGGAAUGUUCUGCACAGGACGUAACGGCUUUGGGUUUGCUCCAGCCUCCCGGCUGACUGUUUCCAAGCCCUUUCUUGUGGAGCUGCCACUGCCAUCUUCUGUGGUCCUGGGUGAGACCUUCAACCUGAAGGCCACAGUCUCCAACAACCUGCAGCAAUGCAUGAGGAUCCAAGUGACCCUGGAGGAGUUUGCACACUUCCAGCUGAAGCCAUGCAAAGGCUGUGUCUACAGCAGCUGCUUAUGUGCUGGGGAAGCCAAGACCUUUCAGUGGAGUGUCACAGCUGAGCACCUGGGGCUCGUGAACAUCACCCUGAGCACAGAGGCUGUGGCCACCAAAGAGCUCUGUGGUGAGGAGAUACCAUUUGUCCCAAAACAAGGACAGAAAGAUGUGAUCACCAAACUCAUUCAAGUUCGGCCAGAGGGAGUGUUGGUAGAAAAGGCUCACAGCUCCAUCCUGUGUCCUGAAAAAGGGAAUCCAGCAGAGGAGUCUGUGUCCCUGGUGUUGCCUCUAAAUGUGGUUGAAGGUUCAGUCAGAGCCACCGUCUCGGUCACUGGUAAGGAAUUAAGCUAUGGCAGUACCCUUGCAAAUCCCAUAUCUCUGAGUUUAACCCUAGGAAAAUCUGAAUUCCCCUGCACAGCACUUCUGAGUUUCCAAGGCUCCACCGCCAUGUUCUUCCCGUGUGUGUGGCUGUGUUUCCUGAUUACUGACAGCCUAAAACACUCAGCAAGGGGGACAGUGCUGCAUCAACGAGCUUCCCUGCCAGGAUGGGAAUGUGUACAGCUCAUAUGUAGGAGGAGGUGGAUCCUACUGCCCAGGAGGUGGUCAAGGUGCUUAGAGAUCAAGGACAGGGCAACAGGAUUCCUGCGCAGUGGGUACCAGAUACAGCUGCACUAUCAGCACCCUGAUGGUUCCUACAGUGAAUUUGGGAUCCAGGAUCAGUAUGGUAAUACUUGGCUGACUGCAUUUGUGGUUAAAUGCUUUGUCCAAGCCAAGCCAUACAUUUACCUGGACAACCGGAUUAUCCAAGCUGCUCUCACCUGGCUGGAAUUCCACCAGCUUCCCAGUGGUUGCUUCAAAAAUGUGGGACAACUUUUCCACACAUUCAUGAAGGGAGGUGUAGAUGGGGAAGUCCCCUUGGCUGCCUACAUCACUGCUGCAUACUUGGAGGCAGGAGCAACACCAGAGAGCACAGUGGUGCGCAGGGCUCUGGGCUGCAUCGCUCCUGCCCUCCCCAAGGCUGCCAGCACCUACACCCAGGCCCUGCUGGCCUACACCUUUGCCCUGGCUAAGGACUCUCAGCGCACCCAGGAACUCCUUGAUGUGCUUGGCCGAAAGGCGAUCAGAGCAGAUGGGCAGAUCCACUGGAGUCAGACCUCAUCCAAACCCAGAACCAGUACCAGCCCUUGGUCACAGCCAAUAUCCACGGAUGUGGAGCUGACAGCCUACAUCCUCUUGGCCCUGCUCUCCAAGCCAAAUGUCACAGAGUCUGACCUCACCACAGCCUCUGGCAUCGUGGCCUGGCUCACCAGGCAGCAGAAUGCCUAUGGAGGCUUUGCCUCAACACAGGACACAGUAGUUGCCUUGCAGGCAUUGGCUAAAUAUGCAGCACUGACACACAGCGCACAGGGGGAUGCAGAAGUGAGGGUGAGGUCUCAUGGAGGCUUUGGGAAGAAGUUCCAAGUCUCCCACCAGAACCGGCUGCUGGUGCAGGAGGCAGCACUGACAGAGGUCCCGGGCAAGUUCUUGGUGCAGGCCCAUGGCAGCUGUUGUGUCUUUACUCGGAUGGUGCUGAGGUACAACACGCCCUCCCCACAAGACUCAACAUCCUUUGCCUUGCAAGUGAAAACUGAGCCUGUCAACUGCACCGAGGACAAUACACGCUCUGUUACUGUCCAUGUCGAUGUCAGGUACAAUGGGAAGAAACCUACUUCCAACAUGGUGAUUCUUGAGGUGUCCUUACUGACUGGAUUUGCCCUGGCUCCAGGAUCUGGGAUGUCUCUGCAGCAUGGGCACUCUGUGAGAAGAACUGAGAAAACACAAGAAGGUGUUGCCAUUUACUUGGACAAGCUGAGCCAUGUCUCUGACACAUACAUCCUGCAUCUGGAGCAGGAGAUUGAGGUGACCAACCUGAAGCCAGGCCAUGUCAGGGUCUAUGACUACUACAACCCAGAGGAGCAGGCCCUGGCUGACUAUAACAUCUUCUGCAUCUGAGGGACUUGGAUUGCUUCCUUACUGUCCACUGCUUCAGCUCCCAGGGAUCCCACUAGUGCAAGAUGCCUUAGGACAGAGGGGCUGCUGCAUUAUUGCUCCUGGUGUAAUGAGAUCUAUGUCACCUGGAAAGUCACAUCUCAGGCUUGAGAUUUUGGUGCUGGGACACAUCUCAGGCUGGAUUUCAGGACUAACUUCGGCCUAACCUAUGCUGCCCAUCCUGACAGCCAUUACCUGGUGAUUUUUUUGGGGUGUCUGAUUAAUUCUGAUUGUUUUAAUCCAGGGAUUUUCUUGCUUGUAAAAAUAAUAAA